AUGGAUUCCUCCGACGACAUCAUCGAGGAUCUUGCCAAACGUCAAGCCGACGAUAUCGGUGGUCUCGCUAAUAGCGCUUCUGGUGCAGCCAAUGGCAUGGUUGGCAGUCUUGCAAAACGCCAAUUGGGUGGCGUAACCGCCAGCGUCCUCAGCAACCCUGGGACAGCUGCUAGCCAUCUCGGAAAGCUUGUCACAGGCAAACACUAUCGGGACGAUGAGAUGCAUGACGACAAUUAUGAGGAAAUGUCUGGUCCUGAAGAGGUUGCAAAAGAGGUGGCCGAAAGGGAGAAGACCGCAGAGGAGGCUACCAAGACAUUUCCUUCCCCUUCGAACAAAGGUCCUGCCAAAGGGCCGCUAGGCAAAAGACAAGUUCCUCCAAUUGCUGGCACUGACCUCCCGAUGGUUGUCAAGGCUGUCGUUGCAAACCCAUCAAUGAUGGUGGCUCCUCUGACCAAGUGUGUAAGUACCCCUGGAGUUGACUUGGAGGCCGUUCUUCCGAAUUAA